GAUGCGCGAGUUGCGACCCUUCACUUUACUGUGUAAAAAAAAAUUGUAAUCAUUCUAGAAUUCGGAUCGAAGUGCUAUUGCAGUUACUUACUACAUACGGAAAAUCGAAUCUAAUUUGGUAUAUUCUAGAAUCAUUCCGUUCUGCAUUCAUUCCGUGUCAGGUCUUUGUUACUCUUCUGAGUUCGUGUCAUACACACAUUAUAUUUAGAGAGCUUCCCGAAUAUUCUGCAAGUCUAUUUGGAAGAGAAUUUACAGUUUUUCUGGUUGUUCAACGUGGUUUGCAGACCCAGUCAGAAAUAAGUUUGAAUCGAAACCAGUGUGAAGAAGUAUUGAUUAAUAUUCCUAAAGUUCUCUAGAUUGCAAUGGUAAAAGAAACAAAGUUCUAUGACAUCCUUGGUGUAAAACCAGGGUGCAGCCAAGACGAUCUGAAAAAGGCAUACAGAAAGUUAGCCCUAAAAUACCAUCCCGACAAAAAUCCCAAUGAAGGAGAAAAAUUCAAGCAGAUUUCCCAAGCGUAUGAAGUGCUUUCUGACCCAGAGAAAAAGUCCAUCUAUGACCAGGGAGGGGAGCAAGCCUUGAAAGAGGGUGGAGGUGGUGGUGGGUUCUCAAGCCCAAUGGAUUUGUUCGAUAUGUUCUUUGGAGGUGGAUUUGGCGGAGGAAGAAGAACGCGAAGAGAAAGAAAAGGCAAAGACGUCGUACAUCAACUUACAGUCAGCCUAGCGGAACUAUACAAGGGCACCGUGAGGAAAUUAGCAUUACAAAAAAACGUAAUUUGUGAUAAGUGUGAAGGUCGUGGAGGCAAGAAGGGAGCAGUCGAACAGUGUCCCACGUGUAGAGGUACCGGCAUGCAGGUGCAAGUGCAACAAUUGGGACCGGGCAUGUUGCAACAGAUCCAAACGGUUUGUCCCGAGUGCCGGGGUCAGGGCGAGAGGAUCAACCCGAAGGAUCGGUGCAAACAAUGUCAAGGCAAGAAGGUGGUCAGGGACAGGAAAAUCUUGGAGGUUCAUGUAGACAAGGGCAUGGUGGAUGGCCAGAAGAUUGUCUUUAAUGGAGAAGGUGAUCAAGAACCAGAUCUGGAACCAGGCGAUAUUAUUAUAGUUUUGGACGAGAUGGAGCAUUCUGUCUUUAAGAGGAAUGGCAGUGACUUAAUUCUAAGAUUAGAAAUACAGUUAGUGGAGGCGCUAUGCGGAUUCCAAAAAGUUAUUCGGACUUUAGAUGAUAGAGAUCUAGUAAUUACGCAGCUACCUGGAGAGGUUGUUAAACAUGGUGAUGUCAAAUGUAUUCAGAACGAAGGUAUGCCAAGAUACAAGAACCCAUUCGAAAAGGGACGUCUUAUCGUCCAGUUUUGGGUUCAGUUCCCGAAAACCAUCGCCCCAGAACUGAUUCCAGAGUUGGAAAAUUGCCUCCCUCCACGCGAAGAAGUGAUGAUCCCUGACGGUGCGGAAGAGUGCGUCUUGGAAGACUUCGAUCCGGAACAGGAAGCGAGAAGACGACAACAUAAGAACGCGUAUGACGAAGACGAGGAGAUGCACAGCCCCGGGGGUCAACGGGUGCAAUGUGCAACCAAUUAGUUCAUUUCAUUAUUGUCGUGUACAUCUAUGUAAUUUAUUUGAAACAGAGCGUUCGUUCUAGACCUUCUGCAAUAUCCUCAAUAUUAUUUUAUUUUUUUAGGCCUGUCCCGUUUUAUUGGGACUAAAAUAUCAUUAUAGGCGAUUUGGCAUUUGCAUUCUUAGUUACAAUAAUAUGCUUUACUCGUUCGUAUUAGUAAGGUUUAAAGGUGAAAUCACGACUUAUAAUUGGGAAUUUUACUACUGACGAUCCACAUAGAGGUUAUGUAGGAGGCUAAGAACCGUUUAAUACAGACUGGAAUAGUAUUCCCAUGGAUACUAGUAUGUAGUUCAGUAGUAACAAUUUGUUCCACCUUUAAACUUUGCCUGAAUAGUAUGUAUUAUUGUCAUACAGAAAUUUACUGUCAUUUAUUACAUUAUAUAUUUAAUUCCCGAUCUGUCAUUAAUAAUAUAAUAUUGCAACCAA